AUGAUAGAAAGGAACUCCAUCAUCACAAAUACCAUGAGUGUUUGCUAUUUGUCUUUUGCCUGCCAGGGAGAAGUUAUGCAUUGGUUGGCAUGUUCAUUAUAUGUUGCGUGCCGCAAAAGCAUUAUUCCCACAAUUGGGAAGGGUAUAAUGGAAGGAAACUGUGUUUCACUUACCAGAAUACUACGUUCAGCUAAAUUAAGUUUAAUACAGUUUUUUAGUAAAAUGAAGAAGUGGAUGGACAUGUCAAAUCUGCCACAAGAAUUUCGUGAACGUAUAGAAAGGCUAGAGAGAAAUUUCGAAGUGUCUACUGUAAUUUUUAAAAAAUUUGAGCCAAUAUUUUUAGAUAUAUUUCAAAAUCCAUAUGAAGAGCUACCAAAGUUACCACGAAGUAGGAAGCAGAGGAGGAUUCCUUGCAGUGUUAAGGAUCUCUUUAAUUUCUGUUGGACACUCUUUGUUUAUACUAAGGGUAAUUUUCGUAUGAUUGGGGACGAUUUAGUAAACUCUUAUCAUUUACUUCUGUGCUGCUUGGAUCUGAUUUUUGCCAAUGCCAUUAUGUGCCCCAAUAGACGAGACUUGCUAAAUCCAUCUUUUAAAGGUUUACCAUCUGAUUUCCAUACUGCUGAUUUCCGGGCUUCUGAAGAGCCUCUCUGCAUUAUUGCUGUACUAUGUGAACUACAUGAUGGACUUUUAGUAGAAGCAAAAGGAAUAAAGGAGCACUACUUUAAACCAUACAUCUCAAAACUCUUUGAUAGGAAGAUUUUAAAAGGAGAAUGCCUCUUGGACCUUUCCAGUUUUACUGAUAAUAGCAAAGCAGUGAACAAAGAGUAUGAAGAAUAUGUUCUAACUGUUGGUGACUUUGAUGAGAGGAUCUUUUUGGGAGCAGAUGCAGAAGAGGAAAUUGGAACGCCUCGAAAGUUCACUGGUGACACCCCAUUGGGGAAACUGACAGCACAGGCUAAUGUGGAGUAUAACCUUCAACAGCAUUUUGAAAAAAAAAGAACAUUUGCACCUUCUACCCCACUGACAGGACGGCGAUAUUUACGAGAAAAAGAAGCCAUUAUUACUCCUGUUGCUUCAGCUACCCAAAGUGUGAGCCGUUUACAGAGUACUGUGGCUGGACUUAAAAAUGCACCAAGUGAACAACUUAUAAAUAUUUUUGAAUCUUGUAUGCGGAAUCCUAAGGAAAACAUUAUGAAAAUAGUAAAAGGAAUAGGAGAGACUUUCUGCCAACACUAUACUCAAUCAACAGAUGAACAGCCAGGAUCUCACAUAGACUUUGCUAUAAACAGACUAAAGCUGGCAGAAAUUUUGUAUUAUAAAAUGUUGGAGACUGUAAUGGUUCAGGAAACACGAAGACUUCAUGGAAUGGACAUGUCAGUUCUUUUAGAACAGGAUAUAUUUCAUCGUUCUUUGAUGGCUUGUUGUUUGGAAAUUGUGCUGUUUGCUUACAGCUCACCUCGUACUUUUCCUUGGAUUAUUGAAGUUCUCGAUUUGCAGCCAUUUUAUUUUUAUAAGGUUAUUGAGGUGGUGAUCCGCUCAGAGGAGGGACUCUCCAGGGACAUGGUAAAACACCUAAACAGCAUUGAAGAACAGAUUUUGGAGAGUUUAGCAUGGAGUCAUAAUUCUACACUAUGGGAGACUCUCCAGGCUUCUGCAAACAAAGUUCCUACCUGUGAAGAAGUUAUAUUCCCAAAUAACUUUGAAACAGGAAAUGGAGGAAAUGUACAAGGACAUCUUCCCAUGAUGCCAAUGUCUCCUAUAAUGCAUCCAAGAGUCAAGGAAGUUCGGACUGACAGUGGAAGUCUUCGAAGAGAUAUGCAACCAUUGUCUCCAAUUUCUGUCCAUGAACGGUACAGUUCUCCUACUGCAGGGAGUGCCAAGAGAAGACUUUUUGGAGAGGACCCCCCAAAGGAAAUGCUAAUGGACAAGAUUUUGACAGAAGGAACAAAAUUGAAAAUUGCUCCUUCUUCAAGCAUUACUACUGAAAAUAUAUCCAUAUCACCUGGGCAAACUCUUCUAACAAUGGCCACAGCCACAGUAACAGGGACAACGAAACAUAAAGUUACAAUUCCAUUGCACGGUGUUGCCAAUGAUGCUGGAGAAAUCACACUGAUACCUAUUUCCAUGAAUACAACUCGGGAGUCCAACAUUGAGAGUCCUGUAUCACUUACUGCUCAGUCAUUAAUUGGUGCUUCUCCAAAACAUACCCAUCUGACUAAAGCACAAGAAGUUCAUAUGACUGGAAUAAGCAAACCAAAGAGGACUGGGUCCUUAGCACUGUUUUACAGAAAGGUUUAUCAUUUAGCAAGUGUACGAUUACGCGAUUUAUGUUUAAAACUGGAUGUUUCAAAUGAAUUACGAAGAAAGAUAUGGACAUGUUUUGAAUUCACCUUAGUUCACUGCCCUGAUUUGAUGAAAGAUAGGCAUUUGGACCAGCUCCUUCUUUGUGCCUUUUACAUCAUGGCGAAGGUAACAAAAGAAGAAAGAACUUUUCAAGAAAUAAUGAAAAGUUACAGGAAUCAGCCUCAAGCUAAUAGUCAUGUGUAUAGAAGUGUUCUUUUGAAAAGUGUUCCAAAAGAAGUGGCAUACAAUAAUAUAAAUGGUGAUUUUGAAAUGACAGAUGAUGAUUUGGAAAAUGCCACAAAAACACCUAACUGUCCCAGUGGACCAGUGAAAGAGGAAAGAGGUGAUCUUAUCAAAUUUUACAAUACAAUAUAUGUAGGAAGAGUGAAGUCAUUUGCAUUGAAAUAUGACUUGUCAAAUCAGGACCAUGUGAUGGAUGCUCCACCACUCUCUCCUUUUCCACAUAUUAAGCAACAACCUGGCUCACCACGCCGAAUUUCUCAGCAGCAUUCCAUUUAUGUUUCGCCACACAAGAAUGGGUCAGGCCUUACACCAAGGAGUGCUCUGCUGUACAAGUUCAAUGGCAGUCCUUCUAAGAGUUUGAAAGACAUCAACAACAUGAUAAGGCAAGGCGACCAGAGAACCAAGAAGCGAGCAAUAGCCAUCAGUGGAGAUGCAGAAUCACCUGCCAAACGCCUCUGCCAAGAAAAUGAUGAUGUUUUACUCAAACGACUGCAGGAUGUUGUCAGUGAAAGAGCAAACCAUUAGCAGUGUUCCUGUUACUGAUGAAAGCACUUUUCAGGUUGUUUUGCAGGAAGUUGGGGCUUUCUGCCUUGUAAAUGGUAAAUAUCACUGGGUUCCAUGAAAAAUUGCACCAAAAUUAAGUGCUUUUUAAAGUUUUUUUUCCAGAACGUUGACAGGUAUAUUUUGAGUUGGAUUGGAAAGGAAUGUUUUAAGUGCCUUGUUACAUAUUAAUAGUCAUAGGAUUUUUUAGGUGUUUGUUUCUCAAAGUUAGUUUUUAAGAUGAAGUAAAGAGAAACCUCAUCAUUGUUUAGAUUUCUUUAAAAAAUUAUCGAAUGUUGCCAGGCAUGGUAGUGCAUGCCUGUAAUUCCAGCAGCUUGGGAGGCCGAGGUAGAAGGAUCUUGAGUUCAAAGCCAGCUUUAGCAACUCAGAGAGACCCUGUCUCCAAAUAAAAUAUUUUAAGAAGGGCUGGGGAUGUGGCUCAAAUGGUAAAGUCCCCCUGGAUUCAAUCCCUGGUACUAAAUAAUAAUAAUGAUAAUAAUAAUCAAAUGUUUCGAGGCAGAGUGGUACACACCAAUUAUCUUGACUCUGGAAGUUGAGGCAGGAGUUGGAGGCUAGCCUUAGCAACUAGACCUUAUCUCAAAAUAAAAAAUAAUAAUAAUUUUAAAAAGGACUGAGAAUGUAGCUCAAAGGUAGAGCAUCCCUAGUUUCCAUCCCCAGUACCAGAAGAAAAAAAAAAUUUAUGUCUCCUCUGUGCUUUGUAAUAUGAGCAUAAAUAAUCUAUUUUUGGUAAGUAUGAUUUUAGAUAUUUGUAUUUUCAAUUUACUGUUGAAGGCAGGGAUUGAUUCCCAUAGUACAAGGGCCAAGGCUGAUGCAGCAGCAGCCUGUCUCUGGCCCUCUAUGGUAACUGUGCAUCCAGGUGCCACUGCCAUUCUGAGUUGUCUGGGUGCCUUGUGUUGUUCUGUCCUUGAGCAUAAGCAGCUUGGUACCUGAGCCCCUGCCCUGCCCCCAGUGCAUGCUUUCCAGUCCUGACCCCUCUAAGCUCAUUGUUACAACCCAGUGAAAGAGGCUCUUUCUCCUUUUCUAAACUAGUAUCAUUAUUAUUUUUAUGACAUUAACUUAAUGAUUGUGUUGUCAUGUAAUUCAAAAUAGGAAACUGCUUCUCAAGCCAGUAGAAUAAAAUUCUAAUUACUCUUUUUAGAAACUAAAUUUCCUUAGUAAGAUAGCAUCUUGAGCUGGGUGCAGCGGUACAUCCCUAUGACCCCAGUGGCUUGGGAGCCUGAGGCAGGAGGAUCCAGAAUUCAAAGCCAGCCUCAGCAAAAGCUGGGCACUAAGCAACUCAGUGAGACCCUGUCUCUAAAUAAAAUACAAAAAAAGGGAUGGGGAUGUGGUUCUGUGGUUGAGUGCCCCUGAGUUCAGUGCCCAAUAUACCCCCACACCAAAAAAAGAUAGCAUCUUGAUAAUGUGUGAUAUACUAUUUUCAAGGUUGUCAUAAGAUCAGUGGUUCUCUAAACUAAUAUUUGAAAUCCUUUUCAAAACUCAUUAAAAUCAUGUCAUGCCUUAUAAUUCUAAUGCAGAUCAGUAAAACAGGUGCUUAUUCUUUCUCCCUCUUUGUUCUGAGUAUUAUUGGUAUAUCAUGAGUUUCUUCUUAGUGUUUGACCACCAGGUCCCCCUGAUGAUGUUUUCCAGUAUUAGAGGUACAUCUUUCCAAAGAAUCAAGUUUUCAACAUUUACUUUUCCUAGUGUGUUUCCAGAAUCUGGAAGAAAAUGAAUAAGCCAUUUUUAAUUUUUAGAAGAUGUAUUUUUAAACUACAAACCUUAGUUUUUAAAUGCCAGAUGUUGGACUGGGCAUGUAGCUCAAUGAUAGAGUGCUUGUCUAACAUUCCUGAGGUUCUGGGUUCCAUCCCGAGCAUUGUGGGGAAAAAGCAUAAUGCUUCACCUCGCUAACCCUUGCUAAUUUGAAUUAGUCCAAGAUUGGGCUGUCCAUUAGGAAUUUAUUAUCAGCAAUUUUAUUUUUAAAUUCUAAGAAGAAAAGGGAUUUUGGUCACAUUUUCCUUUUCUGAAAAUUAUAAUCUCAUUUUUUUGUGUAGUAUCUACACUUUUAUAAGUCAGAUAAUAAAGUUUGUAUCCUUGUACAUA